AUGAAGAACAGUCUUGUCAUCGCAGCAGCUGCGCUGCUCGGUGCCGCCGAGGCGGGCAUGCAUCGUAUGAAGCUUCAGAAGGUGCCAUUGUCGGAGCAGUUGAGCGCUGCCAAUAUUGGCGACCAUAUGCGUGCGCUUCGCCACAAAUACACCCAGAAGCCGAUUGGUGGCGCCAGCGAGGACAUCUUCAGCGACACCUCAAUCCAUCCUAAUGGCCCCCAUGAUGUUCCAAUUGAGAACUUCCUGAAUGCGCAAUACUUCAGUACCGUCGCUAUUGGUACACCACCUCAGGAAUUCAAGGUCGUCCUUGACACUGGGAGCUCGAACCUCUGGGUCCCCAGCACCCAGUGUGGUUCGAUCGCCUGCUAUCUCCAUCAGAAAUACGAUGCCACAGCCUCCUCCACCUACAAGAAGAAUGGAUCUGAUUUUGCAAUUCGUUAUGGUUCCGGAGAAGUGGCUGGCUUCAUUUCCCAGGACAUCCUGCGUAUUGGUGAUCUCAAGAUCAAGGAUCAAUUGUUCGGAGAGGUGACCAGCGAACCUGGUCUGGCCUUUGCGUUUGGCCGAUUCGAUGGUAUCUUGGGUCUGGGAUACGACACCAUCUCGGUCAACCACAUUCCACCCCCAUUCUACAAUAUGGUCGAUCAAGACCUCCUCGAUGAACCCGUCUUUGCAUUCUACCUAGGCAGCACUGAGGAUGGCACCGAGUCUGAGGCCACUUUCGGCGGCAUCGACAGCAACCAUUACACCGGCAAGAUGAUCAAGAUCCCACUCCGACGGAAGGCCUACUGGGAGGUCAAUCUUGACUCGAUCACUCUGGGCAAGGAUUCGGCAGACCUUGACAACACCGGUGUCAUUCUUGAUACCGGCACUUCGCUGAUCGCUCUCCCAAGUACUCUCGCAGAGUUGCUCAACAAGGAGAUCGGUGCUAAGAAGGGCUUCAAUGGUCAAUACACCGUCGAAUGCGACAAGCGUGACUCGCUUCCCGACAUCACCUUUACCCUUAGCGGUUACAACUUUUCCAUCACAGCCCAUGACUAUAUCCUCGAGGUCCAGGGUUCUUGCAUCAGUAGCUUCAUGGGCAUGGACUUCCCAGCCCCCACCGGUCCUCUUGCUAUUCUUGGUGACAGCUUCUUGAGGAGAUGGUACAGCGUGUAUGACUUGGGCAACGAUGCAGUUGCUUUGGCCCAAAGCAAGUAA